AUGCGCUCUUCUGACGAAUCAGACUACUUUGACGAUGAUGACUUUGUUGUGCCUGAUGAUGACGCUCUAUCCGGAUCCCGUCCAGCCAAACGCCAUCGUGUACGACCUCCGACGCGCCAUGAAGACCGGGAUGGUGCCUCGUCGACAGACGGGUUCUCCGAUAUUGAUGAAGAGACAUUCAACGAUAGCGGAUUAGCGGAAAACCACGACAGAGCAGACGCACGUUCUAAGAACCGGAGUUUUAUACCGAAGCGCAGCAACAUUCAAGAAAACAUAUUUGUGACCCAGUUAACGCAACCUCACUCGAGCCCUGACCGAAUACGUGGACCGAGGUGGAAAAAGCCGGACCCUCCAUGUCGCCCUGAUAUCAUACCAACACCGCAGGCUAGUGAGAGGGAUCGAGACUCUGACGACUUCUCCGAUGACGAUUAUGAUGGUCUAAAGGCUGCGUUGGCUGCUUCACUGAAUACAUUUGAGGUGGAGAAAGCUGCACGAGGUACAUUAAGCACAGAUUCUGUGAACAAGGCCGUUCCUGCAAGACCCCAACCUUCUGUUAGCAUUAAUAAAGCUCCACCACAAGAUGUAUCGUUCGAGCUCGAUGAUAUCCCUGACGACGCAUUCGACUCCUCACCCUGCCUAUCACCAGUAGCACGCCCUGCUCAAACAACAACAUCAUUCUCCUCCAACGCCUCCCGAAAUCCUUCAUUCUUCCGACAAACCACCCUGUACGGUAUGAUUCAAUCAAAUCCAGAAAUUUUACAGCAACAUCAAGAUCCCGGCCCGCCAGAUAAAGUCGAAUUUCCGACCCACCAUAAAUUAAACCACGAUGCGCUCAAUACGUGGUGGUAUCCGACGAAUUUGGGUACCACUCGAGACUAUCAAUUUAAUAUCACUCAAAAGGGCCUCUUCCAUAAUCUACUCGUCGCGUUGCCCACUGGUCUAGGAAAAACGUUCAUCGCCGCGACAGUCAUGCUGAAUUGGUUCCGCUGGACGAAAGAUGCUCAGAUUAUCUUUGUAGCCCCGACCAAACCAUUGGUGUCACAGCAAGUUUCGGCAUGUUUAGACAUUGCCGGCAUCCCGCGCUCUCAAACAACAAUGCUUACUGGAGGUGCAGCACCGGGCAUUCGCGCCCAGGAAUGGCAGUCAAAACGCGUAUUCUUCAUGACCCCUCAGACAUUGAUCAAUGAUUUGAAAACUGGAAUUGCAGACCCCAAGCGAAUUGUGCUUGUGGUUGUAGACGAAGCCCAUCGUGCAACUGGAGGCUAUGCCUAUGUGGAAGUCGUAAAAUUCAUGCGGCGUUUCAGCAACAGUUUCCGUGUUCUCGCCCUGACAGCCACCCCCGGGUCGACAGUCGAAGCAGUGCAGGGCGUCAUCGACGGCUUGGAGAUAUCACGGGUAGAAAUUCGUACUGAGAAUUCUCUUGACAUUCGGGACUACGUGCAUGCUCGCAAUAUUGAGAUUGAGACCUUUGAAUAUUCGGAAGAGAUUCAAUUAUGUCUGGACCUUAUCUCCGAGGCUCUGCAGCCCCAGAUGGAUCAGCUUCGAACACUGAAUGCUUACUGGGGCAAAGACCCUCUAAUGCUUACUGCUUUCGGAUUGACUAAAGCCAGGCAACAAUGGAUGGCCUCCGACGCCGGCCGAAAUGCUAGCUUUGGGCUUAAGGGCAUGGUUAAUGCCAUUUUCACUGUCCUCGCUAGCUUGGCUCACGCCAUUGACUUGCUGAAAUAUCAUGGGAUCGUCCCCUUUUAUCGCCAUUUGUUACAUUUUAAGUCGAAUACCGAUGGCCAGAAAGGUGGCAAGUACCAAAAGCAAAUCGUGCAGAACGAAAGCUUCAAGAAACUUGUCGCAUAUGUUGACCCCUGGUCCAAAAACCCCGAAUUCAUCGGCCAUCCCAAAUUGGAAUAUCUGAAAUCCGUGAUCUUAAAUCACUUCAUGGAUGCAGGAGAAGGACAAGAAAAUUCCGACAGCAGCACGCCGGGGACGCGUGUGAUGAUAUUUGUGCAUUUCCGCGACAGUGCUGAGGAGGUCUCGCGUGUAUUGAAACGAUAUGAACCUAUGAUUCGACCACAUAUUUUCGUUGGUCAAUCCAGUGCCAAAGGCUCGGAAGGAAUGAGCCAAAAAACCCAGCUUGACAUCAUUAAGAAAUUCAAAGCGGGAACAUACAAUACCAUUGUUGCAACCUCUAUUGGUGAAGAAGGUCUGGAUAUUGGCGAGGUGGAUCGUAUCGUUUGUUAUGACUCUUCUGCAUCACCAAUCCGAAUGCUGCAACGCAUGGGUCGAACUGGACGCAAACGAGCCGGAAACAUCACACUGCUUCUCAUGAAGGGCAAGGAGCAAGAUUCCUACGUCAAGGCCAAAGACAACUACGAAAAAAUGCAGGAAAUGAUCGCCAGCGGUACUCGGUUCACCUUUCAUGACGAUCUGUCUGCUCGAAUCCUCCCUGCUGGUAUUCGACCGGUGCCCGACAAGCGAAUCAUCGACAUCCCUCAGGAGAAUUCGCAACAGGAGUUACCCGAACCAAAGCGCAAGGGACGCGCUCCCAAGCGGCCACCGAAGAAGUUCCACAUGCCCGACGACGUCGAGACUGGCUUCACUCGUGCCUCGACCUUAGGUGACGAUGGCGCAAAGAAAGCGAACAGUGUACAGAAAGCGAAAUCGUCCAAAACACCCAAGAAAAGAAAGUCGGACACGCCCAAGAAGCGUGCUCGGACGCCUGAACCUGUGCUAUCAGAAAGACCGACAAGAGCAGAACUGGAUGAGGAAUUCCCGUAUGCAAUGCGCGACUAUGAACGAGCUAUGGAGGUCCUCGGCGAUGAGACAAACCCUCGUACUGGCUUCUGGCCCCGUCCCGAGGAGUCAGUGAGGAGAUCAACCAGACCUACGAAGAUGAUUCCUCACAGCUCUUUGAGCCGCCGCAUUAGCAAUGUCAUACGAAACAUGGAUCAGGUCAGUCCCAGAAGGGACUGA